UGGGUAAUCCAAGAGUUAAUUUCAAAUUUAGUGCCCCCGAUCAAGUAUUUUAUGAAGCCAUCUAUCCUUUGUGAAUAGGAAAACGAGCAGAGGCUACUAAUAAAUAUUUAUACCUGAAACAGAGAAAAGAAUCAUCUCCCUUCUAACUUGGCUAAAUUUCAUUUUUCACUGGCCCUAUGCUGUCCAGAAGUCAUACAACACUUUAUCUGAAGGAAAGAAGAGGAUAUAGCCAAUAUACAUGUGAUAGAUAAAUAUAAUACAGAUGGAUAAAGGCACAGGUGCUGGUUUUAAAUAGACCUGAGUUUUAAUCCCAGCUUCUCCACAUAUUAUCCAUUAAUUUCAAUAGUUUCAAUUACCUACUAAGAACUGACUUGGGGAGAAGAGAUUAGGUUCAAAGUAUUUUUCCUGUUUGUAGAUUUAUGACAGAAUGUUAAAUUCUGUAAAAAUCAUAAAAUGCCAAAACUGAACAGAAACACAGUUCAUUUAGUGUGAUGCCAUAAUUUUACAAAUGAGGAAAAUAAGAUCUGAAAAAGCCAUGGGAACAGAGUAGUUUGCAAUGAAAGAACUGUAAUUUCCUCCCACUUUGUGGAAAAUUCAUCUUAAAGCCAGAAUUAUAAAGAUUAUAAAUUUUUCUAUUUUUAAUUUUAUUUUAUGGAAAAUAUUUCAAGAGCAAAUCUUUCUUAGAGAUUGCAUGGAGAAACAAUUGCUCUGAAAGAUCUUUUUCUAAUCCCAAGAUUUUGUGUCAGACUCAAUAUGCCAGUUUUAAAUUUUUUUAUGUAAAUGUGGGCAAUGUCAUAAUUAUUGCUCCAAGGCAUAGUAUGCUAUGUAUGUACUUCAUUCACCCAGCAUGGUUACAAUAUCUUCAGUUGAACUUUAUUUUUUAGGACCAAAAAAAAAAAAUAGUAAGUGUAUGUUCUGUUUCUAGAUGUUGCCUGAAGACAAAGUUUGUAAGUACUGUGGAGUCAGCUAUCUAAUUCUUCAUGAAUUUAAGGCCAUGGAAGAAAAAGUGAAAGCAAUGGAAAAAGAAAUGAAAUUUUAUCAAGGAAGUGUAGAACGUGAAAAGAGACUUCAAGAAAAAAUUAAGUCUCUUAGCCAAGAUCUUGAACAGUACAAAAUUGACAACAAAUCCAAAACAGAAAGAAUUUAUGAUGUAGGCAUGCAGUUAAAAAGUCAACAAAAUGAAUUUCAGAAAGUAAAGAAGCAACUGACUCAUUUACAAGAUGAAUUAAAAAUUAAAUAUAGACAAUCAGACAUCUUCAGUCAAAGAUUGUCAGAGUACAAAUAUUUCUGGAAUAAGACUCUUUCAUUACUUACUUUUACUAAAAGGGAGCUAAUCCAUAUUAAAAAUGAAGUGUAUGAUAAUUACCAAAACUGGACUUCACUGAAAGGAGAAAUUUUUCUGCAAAUUAAAUCUAUGAGUGAAACAGCCUUGACAGAAAUAGACAUACUGAAUAAAAGUUUGACCGUAUCCCAGAGAAAUAAUGUAUGCCUUGAAAAGGAAAUGAAAAAUCUGAAAUUGUUGUCAGAUGCAGCCAUAUUGAGGUCUCAGCAGAUUCAGACAUCUAGACAACAGGAAGUAAACUUGCAAACCAGAUGCUAUGAUUUGCAAAAAGAAGUACUAGAUUUACAAUGUCUAGUAGAGGCACUUGGGUUAAAACUUCAGAAGGCGGUGACAGAGAUGGACAACUAUAAAGAAAUGCUUAUGAAUAAAUCUAAUGAAGCUGAUGACUGUCAAAGAGAACUGAGAAAACUGAAGUUUGAAUCCAUUAUUUCUGAGUCACACCUUACAAUGCUGCUUAAAGAAAAAGAAGACUCUUUAAUGACUUGUCAACAAAUAUAUAAAACAUUACAGGAAGAGCUGACUGCAAAAGAAAAGCAAGAAGAAGACAUAAAGAGAAGAAUUAACCUUGCAGAAAAUGAACUGGAGAUAACCAAAACUCUUCUGAAUCAGACAAGGGAAGAGGUUUUAACACUGAAAAAUGAAAGGGAAUUGAUGCUGAUUUCACAUCAGAAAAGCAUUGAGCAGCUGCAGGAAACCCUUAGACAGAAGCUGCUGAGUGAUGAUAACUGGAAGGAGAAGAUUGAAGCAGAACUUGCCAAGGAAAGGGCCCAGCACUUGGUUGAAUUUGAAGAGCAAGCUCUUCUCUUUAAGGAAGAAGCAAAACUGAAACUCGAUAUUGAAAAAGAAAAACAUCAAGAUAUAAUCCAAAAGUAUAAGAAAGAACAAGAGGAAUUACAAAUGAAGAUAUCUGACUUAAUCACAGGCGCUACAAGCGAUCUAAGGCAGGAAGUGACUGCUCUUCAAGAAAAACUUCAUGAGUCCCAUAUUCAGUACACUGAAGAAUCUGAGUCAAAGGAAAAAGAAAUUGAAAACCUGAAAAAUUUGGUUGCAGAAUUUGAAUCUCGCUUGAAGAAGGAAAUUGAUAGUAAUGAUUCAGUUUCAGAAGACUUGAGGAAGGAAAUGAAACAGAAGUCAGAUGAACUGGAAAGAGUAAUGCUGGCUCAAACACAACUGAUAGAGCAAUUUAACCAGUCCCAGGAAGAGAAUAUUUUUCUUCAGGAGACAGUGCGUAGAGAAUGUGAAGAACGCUUUGAACUGACAGAGGCUUUGAGUCAAGCCAGAGAACAGCUCCUGGAGCUCAGAAAGCUUUGUGGAAGUUUAUCAUUUUCACCGUGUUCCCUCAGCAAGGGCAGCCUAACCUCCCCUCCUGCAGUGGUCAGUAAUCAUGGAGAGGGAAGCCUUGCAAGACUGAACUCUGAAAAAGGAAUCAAAAUUCCCAGCCUUCACGGAGUAUCAAAACCCACCUCUUUCCCAACCUCAGAUAAGCCCAAGAGGGUUAGCAGUUCAGGCUUGCCCCUUCUCGCCCAGCCACAUCCGCCCAGGGGUGGAGCAUCUUCAGCAAAUGAGACCAGACAGAGACAGAGACUGGCUGCCAUUCUUAGGAGGAGGCGGAGUCAGCAAUGAUCCAAAGUGAGGGGCCGCUACCCACACCGUACAUGCUCUUUCAGAGUGCCAGGAACUCACUGUAACUGAGAAUGACAAAUAUAAAAUUAUUUUCACAGAUCAGGAAGGCAUAUCUGUAGAUAUAUUUAACAAAAGACUGUAAAAAGCUGGAAAAUUGUGAAGCCAUAUUUUUCAAGAGGGCUUUGAAAGAGUAACAGAUCGUUUAGUUGUUGGUAUUUCAGAGGUCCGAUUUCUAUAUUUAUGUUGCAAUGUGCUCUAUAAAUAUAGCCUUUUAGAGAUCACAGAUAAAAUUUUUUCACCCAUAACAUCUUUUUUUAUUUUUUGCACCACUACAAGCAGAUAUAUUUGCACAAAAAAUAGAUUGUUUGAGUUUUGUUGGUAUGUGUUUGUUUGUUGAGCUGAAUCGAUUAAAUAGAUGUAAUAAGUAUUCCAAACAGAAAAAAAAGUACUUUAUCUGAUUAAGAUUAUAAUUUCCAAAAUGCCUAGUUCACGUAGUUGCAAAGCUCAUCAUCAUAAUCAAAAGCUUCUUUUCUUCACAAUCUAAUUGGUUAAUCUGAUUUCUCUUUAGGCUAGUUCAGAGUUAAUAGAUAACCUUUAGGAAGACAGUCUUCUCUCAGUGGCUGGGGAACUUUUAGAAAAAGAGAUGGUAAUGUCAAUUCAAGGAAAUUGUAGUAUAUUUCUCAAAUUAUGUAGAUUAUUUUAGUAAACAAAGAACCUGACCAUAUUGAUAGAUAUUUUCUACAAUGAGUGCUUUUUGGUACGCAAAGUUAGGUCUUGAUUUGAACCUGUAUUCUUGAACCAUUGGGAAAAGAACUAAUUCAAUACAGUUUAAUAAAGUUAUACAGAGCUAAUUUGGGAUUCAAAUUUGAUUACACCUGAAAAUGGGUAACUGGUUAACAUGUUUUCUAUUUUCAGAGUGAAAAAGUAAAACCAGAAGCCAGAUCAGCUAUUUUAUCUUAAA